AUGCAGAUAUCAACAGUGAUGGAAUCUCCGGUAGAUGGCGCGCAAAUGGAAGAGAACGAUAUAAAGGUUAUCAUCAUGAAUUAUGGAAAAUGGAAGGAUGCAAAGACGUUGACCGAGCUAUUGCAUCAACGAGGAGUGUCGUUUAAAAAAGUGCAAAAGUCUCGACAGCUUUCGUUCGGGUUUGUGCAUUUUCAUUCAAAAGAAGAGCGCGCUGAGGCAAUACCAAAGCUGGAGACUAUCGAAUGGAAUGGUGAACUUUUAGAGGUCAAAGACGUUCUAGUCAAGAAGAGUAUGAAACUUGCGCGUCAGAGCUAUAAGCGCUGCUUGAAGGAACAGGAGGCACCCAAAGAACAGCAAGAAGACGUAUCAGAACGUGAUAUACGUGACGUGGUCACACCAUGGGCAGAUGUUCCGUAUGACGCUCAAUUGGAACGUAAAGAGGUGGAGAUGAAAAAGGUGCUGGUCAAGAUUGUACGACAGACUCGGAAGGAAUAUGGCAAGAAAGAGAAGCGCGUGGCUAAAAAUUGCAAUGUUAGCAAAAAGCGUAAACUUGAAGAUGAACAGAUCAAGGAGACACAAGAGAAGCCUUUGAAUGUUUUUAUGGAUAAUUCAAAACCACAGUACUCGUUGAAAAUUCCAAAUUGGCUUACUAGCAACGGAUCGUUAUAUAUUGUAGCCAAUGAUCACCUGUACACACGUACGCUUGAAGCUGAUGCUGAGACGACGUGGCAUUAUGUAGCUAAUGCUGAGAAUAUUGUAGCGAUCGUUUCGUUCGGAAGUGAACUGGUUGCAGUCAAGACCGACAACACCAUUUAUGCGCUAAAGACGAGACUGUCACAACCGGAUAGUUUCAAUUGGGAAAAGCUUUGCAGCGGACCUGAAGGAUAUGCUCUCUCUUCACUCGCGUCGUUACGUGGAACAUUAAUAGGAUGCACUGGGGAUGGGAAAAUUUACAAGCAGGAGGGAACAGGUCGCUUUGCAGCGGGAAAGUGGACGCAGCUAGGCGAAGCACCUGGCGUGUCCGUUAUCGGACUUCACAAUGGGUUUUUAUACGCUCACAACAAGGAUUCAAACUGUGCUGUGCCCUGGUGGCGCGCUUCGCUUGACGCAACUGCGCUUAAUGCGCUAACAUUUGAGCCGUUUAAUGCGACAAUGCCAAGAGCGCUUGGUAUAACUUCACACAAUAGAUUGCUGAUUCUUCUUACACUCAAUAGUAUAGAGUAUGUGGAAGAAGAUGGCACAGUUCAGGCUUCUAUACCGAUGACACAUGAAGUGAAAGAUGCAAUGUUUACGGGAUUCACCAGUCAUAAUGGGCUGUGCUGCCCCAUGGACUCAAUUCACGCGUCGCCCGUGACGGAAGGCUACCGAAACAAAUGCGAAUUCAGUUUUGGUUUUGACAAAAACAAUAAACCAUGCGUCGGCUUUCGUCUUGGUCUCUUUCGUGAAGGAUCUGUGGUUGUCAGUAAACCUGACGAGUGCAUUAACGUGUCCAAGGAUAUGAAAGCGGUGUGUGCGGUGAUGCAGGUCAUUUUAGAAACAUCUGGUGUUCCUGUGUAUGAUGUUCAUACCAAAACAGGUGUAUGGCGCGUGCUGACAGUGCGUCAGAGUAUCAAUACAGAAGAAUUGAUGGUCAUUGUUCAGGUAAAUCCGGCUCAAAAGACUCUGGAAGAACGGGCUGCGGUAAAAGAAUUAAUAGUAAAGCGAUUGACGGACGAAGAAAAUUCCUUUCGAAUCACAUCGAUCUAUGUGCAAGAAUACGAGGGUUUAUCGGCUCCCUCGGACAAUGAUUCAGUUGAACACGUAUUUGGCAAGACAAAGCUCGAGGAACAUUUACUUGGCAUGCGCUUCUCGAUCUCGCCAAAUGCUUUUUUUCAAGUCAACACGCUUGGCGCAGAAAAAUUGUACACGCUGGUAAAACAACAUGCAAACGCAAACGAACAUACAAUGUUGUAUGACGUAUGUUGUGGUACAGGUACGAUCGGGAUUUGUUUGUCACAAGGAGUAGGCGAGAUUGUGGGAAUUGAGACUUGUAAACCUGCAACGGACGAUGCGGAAGUAAAUGCAGAGCUUAACAAUGUCAAAAACGUGAGCUUUGUCAACUCAAAAGCUGAGAUGGUUAUGAAAAAUUUAUUGCAACAAAAGCGCGGUGAGAAUAAACAGCAGCUUGAUCGUGUUGUAGCUAUUGUGGACCCGCCGCGUGCUGGACUUCAUCACCAAGUGUUGCGUGCCUUGCGCGCUUGUGCACCUGUUGAGCGAAUCGUUUACGUAUCAUGUAAUCCGACUAACUCAUUGAUACGAGAUGCCGUGACGUUGUGCGGUCCUAAUACUAAAUCGAUCCAAGGCCAGGCUUUCAAACCUGUAUACGCUGUCCCAGUCGACAUGUUUCCACAUACGCCACACUGCGAGAUGAUCAUCGUCUUUGAUCGUGUCGAAGCAGAAAAUUAG